AUGGCGUCUCAGCCACCGCCGCAGGCGGAGCACAUCUCGCUCGUCGGGCCGACGGCGGCCGACCUGGAGGCCACGGCGCGGCUGGAGAGCCUCCUGCGCGAGGAGGGGCUCUACGUGACCGACGAGGAGACGGCGGUCCGCGAGGAGGUGCUGCGCGACCUCCGGGGCGUCGUCGACCGCUGGGUGAAGCGCCUCACGCGGCAGCGCGGGUACCCCGACGGCAUGGUCGACCAGGCCACCGCCCUGGUGCUCCCCUUCGGCUCCUACCGCCUCGGCGUCCACGGCCGCGGCUCCGACAUCGACGCGCUCGUCGUCGGGCCCUCGUACGUCGACCGCGACCGCGACUUCUUCUUCGUGCUGGCCGGCACGCUGGCGGAGACGGCGGGGGUCACCGAGCUCCAGCCCGUGCCCAGCGCGCACGUGCCCGUCAUCAACAUGAGAUUCCACGGCGUGCAGGUGGAUCUCCUCUACGCCAGGGUCUGCCUCCCCGUGGUGCCCGGCGACCUGGACCUGAGCGACCGGUCGGUGCUCCGCGGCCUCGACCUCGCCACCGUGCGCAGCCUCAACGGCGUCCGCGUUGCCGACGAGAUCCUGCGGCUGGUCCCGGACGCCGGCGCGUUCCGCACCACGCUGCGGUGCGUGAAGCACUGGGCCAAGGCGCGCGGCGUCUACUCCAACGUCGCGGGCUUCCUCGGCGGCGUCGGCUGGGCCAUCCUCGUGGCGCGCGUCUGCCAGCUCUACCCGAACGCCGUGCCCAGCAUGCUGCUCCCGCGCUUCUUCCGCAUCUUCGCGCAGUGGAGGUGGCCCAACCCGGUGCUGCUGCGCGCCAUCGAGCACGACGACGGCAAGCUCGGCCUCCACCUCCCAGUCUGGGACCCGCGCCGGAAUCCGCGGGACAGGACGCACCUCAUGCCCAUCGUCACGCCGGUGUACCCGUGCAUGAACUCCGGCUACAACGUCUCUCAAGCCACCCUGCGGGUCAUCACGGAGCAUCUCGGGGUCGGCGACGCCGUCUGCCAGGGGAUCGUCAAGGCCGGCGGGGCCGGCGGGUGGGGCGAGCUCUUCCGGCCGUUCCACUUCUUCGACGAGUACAAGAGCUACCUUCAGGUGGACGCGACGGCGCUCGGCGGUGAGGUCGACCACCGCGAGUGGAAGGGCUGGGUGGAGUCGCGGCUGAGGCUGCUCUCUGCCAGGGUCGAGGCGGACACGUCCGGGAAGCUUCUCUGCCACCUGCACCCGCAAGCCUACGCCGCCGAGCCCCAUGAACGGCCGUGCAAGUCAUCAUUCUUCGUGGGCUUGUCCAAGCCGAAGCAGCAGCCGCCGCCGCCACCGGCGGCGGUGGCUGCGGCGCAGCAGAAGCAGAAGCAGCUGUUCGACCUCCGCGCGACGAUGGAGGGGUUCACGCAGGAGGUGUACACGUACGAGUACUGGAGGACCGGCAUGGAGCUGAAGGUGGCGCACGUCAGCCGGAAGGACCUGCCGUCCUACGUGGCGCGGCAGCUUCGCUCGGGUGGCCAUCAGCUCAAGAGGAAGCGCGUCGACGACGAGUCUUGUUCGUCUUCUCCUUCUGAUGGUUCUGACGACCCCAGGUCCAGCUCGAGCAGCGCGGACAUCAAGCGGCCGGCGGCCGGCGGCGGCGGCGGGUAGGGUCAGAUAGUCGUCUGAGAAGUCAAGACGCAGAGCGGCAUUGGUCUUCCUUUCAAAAAAGCAGCGGCAUUGGUGCUUCAAGACUAGGUCAUCAGUCAGUCCGAUUGCUCCCAGCUAGCUUAACACUUCACCUGCAAAUUGAUCAAGAAAUGGUCUUCAAGAUCUGUAACUAACCAAAGGCAACUCAACAAUCGACAUCAU